CCGAGUCUGCCGCCCAAUUAAUCCGGAUUUCCUAACCUGCUUUCAAGAUCCUAACCAUGAGGACAAACGUAUGGAUUUACCAAGCUGUGGUGUGUGCUGUGCUCACUAUAUUGGACACAGGCUUUUGCAGAAGGCGUCAUCAUUCGUUACAGAAGUAUGAGAAGACUGAGAAUCACAUGCUGGUUUGCGCAGACUGCCCUCAGUCCCCUUUGGAACGAAACGGCCGAUCACAGGAGCAUUGUGCGCGCAAGUGCAAGAAGGUCAAGAAAAACUUCAACUGCAGGGCUUUCAACUUCCAUCGGCACAACAGGAAAUGCCACUUGCUUCCCUUUGACCGCUUCACCCACGGUGUGCAGAAGCAGGCCAAUGUCAACUUUACUUUGUAUGAAAAAAAAGAUUAUAUAAGGGAGUGUAUCGUCGGCACCAAGGACAACUACAGAGGAAGGAGGUCUUGGACAAAGUCAAACAUCACAUGCCAGGCUUGGUCAGAUAAUAACAUCAAUGAACACACGUUUUAUCCUGAUAGGUACCCUACCCAAGACCUGAGGGAGAACUUCUGUCGGAAUCCCAACAACGAUCCCGGUGGUCCGUGGUGCUACACCACAGACCCUAACGUACGAGCUGAGGAGUGUGGCAUACCACAGUGUUCAGAGGAGGUUUGCAUGACCUGUAACGGGGAAGAUUACCGGGGCAAAAUGGACCAUACAGAGAGUGGCAAAGAGUGUCAGAGAUGGGACUCACCGAGGCCUCACAAACACCGCUUCCAGCCCAAAAAGUAUCGGCACAAAGAUUUAAAGGACAACUACUGCCGUAACCCAGAUAAUCGCCUUCGUCCCUGGUGCUACACCAUGGAUCCCAAAACUCCGUGGGAGUACUGCAACAUCACUGUGUGUGAUUCUCACUCAAGUGAGGACACAGAUGUCAAUGUAACAACAUCCUGUGUCCAGGGAAAGGGCACAGAUUACCGAGGCACAAUGAAUGUGACUCCAGAGGGUGUGACGUGUCAGCGUUGGGAUUCCCAGUUGCCCCAUAACCACUCCUUUCUCCCUCAGAACUUCAAAUGCAAAGACCUCAGAGAGAACUACUGCCGUAACCCUGAUGGUGCAGAGUACCCGUGGUGCUUCACUACAGACCCGAAUCAGAGGAUAGCCAAGUGCACCCACAUCCCCAGGUGUGAUGCUGAGGCCACUCAAAAAAUAGAGUGUUAUGAAGACAAUGGAGAGAUGUACCGGGGCACUCUAUCCAUUACUCGAUCGGGGAUUCCCUGUGCAGACUGGUCACUUCACAUAAACAGUGGGGAUUCUCACUCUACAGAAUCCCAUGUAGGGCUGGAGGAGAACUACUGCCGCAACCCGGACCGGGACAAACAUGGCCCCUGGUGUUACACCACUCCAAAUAACCGUUUGGCCUGGGACUACUGCAAAAUGAAGCACUGUGAAUCAGCGACAGUGGCUCCUCAAACAAACACUCUGACCAGGCCCAAGAUAUCAUGCUUUGUGCAUAUAAACACAAGGAUUGUUGGGGGACACCAAGUACGAGGGACAGAUGGCAGCUGGGUUGUAAGCAUCCAAAGAGAGGGAGUUCAUUUGUGCGGGGGCUCGUUGAUCAGAGAAGACUGGGUUUUGACUGACCAACAGUGCUUCACCUCCUGUGUUCCAGAUCUCAAGGAUUACAAUGUGCAGGUUGGUCUGCGCCACCUCAAUGAAUCCUCAAGCCACCCGAGGCUACGCAUCUCUCAUCUGAUCUGUGGCCCAGAAGGAUCCAAUCUGGUUAUGCUGAAACUAGAAGAUCCUGCCCCUGUGUCUGAAGGUGCAUCCACUAUUCAUCUUCCAGUAAAAGAGUGUCACAUCCCUGAGGGCACCAACUGCACCAUGUAUGGAUGGGGGGAAACCAAAAACACAGGAUACGAUGAGGCACUGAAUGCUUUGACAAUGCCCAUGGUCAACAAUGACUUGUGCUCACAAAUCAAAGGAGAUGCCGGCGAAAGCAGAAUAUGUGCCGGCGGCAAGAGAGGAGAAGGCGUGUGUGAUAAAGACAAUGGUGGUCCAUUGGUUUGCCAGGAACACGAGCGCAAAGUUAUCAUCGGUGUGAGCAUCCAAAGGACAAAAUGCGCCUCAUCGCAGCCUGCGCUUUUUGUUAACGUUGCUUUCUACUCUGAGUGGAUAUACAAAGUGUUCAAACUUUACCCCAGUUUGGAGAGGAACUGAUGGUGUGGUGUGAAAAUCCAUGCACAACUUUACCACGGGUCGUGAGAAGAGGGGCAGCUUUGGGCCAACAAAUUCCAAGACCUUUCCAGCACGGACCACGGGGGAGAAAUGAGGAAAAUCAACAGACGGAAAGUGGCCAUUUUGGGAUUUUAUGGCUGAGUUUGUCAUUUUACAGAAAUUAGUGAUUGAAGACUGGAUAUACCAAAUGGAAUCUCUUCAGUUCUUCCACGUUGCAAAUGAAGACGUUCAGUCAUUAGCCUUAGUAUCGUUUUUACAGCCAAAGUCUCGGGCACAUGGAUGGCAUACUAAUUAUGUUUUGACAUGUUCAGAGUUUCUGAAGCCAUGCGAACAAAGACAAUGAGAACGACUCGGUGUUAUCUCCUGGAAAAUACUUGAAUAUUUUCACAACCCAGUUAUCUGGAGGUUACCUCCUGUUACUGGGACGUCUUGUUUUUUAUGUAUUGAGCUGGACUGCAAAACUUUUUUCUUUUUUUUUAACCUCCACCACAAAUGAUGUGGAGGGGUCAUUGUGGUGUUCCUUAAUGUCAACUAAUAUACUGAUCUGGCCAUAAAUUUAAGGACUUUUAUUAUUACUUUACACAUUUCACAGCAAACCAAUAAACGAUUUUCGGCCUAUGAAGAACUAUGAUAAUAUCAAAAGGAAGGAAAAUAUACGCAUGAAAAGGUCAUUAUAAAUGAUCUAUUAGGUGCUACAAAUAUUGAAGUUACCCUGAGAAAACGGUCAUUAAGCAAAGUUUUCAAAGCUAAAAUUUAGCUUUGGAUAUACAAGGAGUUAAGUAUAUAAAAUAUAUAUG